GUGUAUGUUAUCUAUGGCAGUGAUUGCGCUAAGGUAGAGUUUAUCAUGGUAGGAGGUAGAUUGUUGUGCGGGAGGUGGUUGAUUGAGAAAGUUUGUGGAUAAAUAAUGUUAGUAUAAGAUGCGCACAUCACUGAAAUGAGUGUGUUUGGCGACUUCAGAAAUGUCUGGGUCCAGAGAUUCCCUGGCAGUGACUUACCAGCAGCUUGGGAGGAAGAUGUUAGAGCGAAUCUCGCCAAACACAAACAAAAAGUUGCAGUCUUGAGGGAGGAGUUAGAGAAGGAGGAGUUCUACGUGGAAUAUCUUGAACAGUUAUUGAUUGACGUUGCGAAGCACAAAACGCUGGCUACAAAUGACGAGGAAGCUAAUAGCGAUGAUAAUGACGUUAAAAGUACUGACAGGUCAAGGCCUACCUCAAAUGAACGUUCUGAAACAAAUGGCAAUAAUGUAGGAGAUGACAUUCACUCUGCUGAGACAAUCAACAGUGAUUCUGUUAAUCAGUGUAUUAGUGAACUGUCUCUGGCCUUACCAGAUGAUCAUAGUAUUAGUCGUUCAAACAGUGAAGUGCCAAACAGAAAGCGAGCAUCAGAGCACAGACGUCCAAGAUGUAACACACAUCCUGACAUUUCUAACUAUGUUACAGUUAUAGAAGUGAAUGGUUUGAAUGUUGUUAAAUGUGAUGGAAUGAAGGAAGCUAUUGACAGUAAGGGAGCACCUUCUAAGAAGAUACCUCCAUUGCCACCUCCCAAGAAAUUUCACAACAAAUCAAAAUGUAUGAAUGAUGGUUCACUGAAUUCAGUUGACAGAGAUGAUCAUGCAGGGAGCCAAGUGGAAGAGACUUGUGAUGAACAGAAUGAAAACAGAUCUAUUGAAAUGCAAGAUGAAGCUGCAGCAUCUUGUCCAGAAGCUAGGAGUGAAGAAUCCAUUGAUGCUGCAAUAAAGGUGGAAGAGCAUUUUGUGCGAGAAAAGAGUCCUCUGGAAGAUGCUAGUAGUGAGGAUGGAGUAUUGCCAGAUGAUGAGGAGCCAUACUACGACUCUGUUGCUCUUGACGGCGAGUAUGUGUACCUGCAGACUGGUGGAACUGGUGGAGGCAGCAGUACAAUGACAAGUGCCAGCUCUGGUACAACAGACACGACUGAUUCAGCCCCUGCAGCUCUUAUGACGCUCCCCAGUAGCAGUCCUCUCUGCUGCUCUCAGUCUGAACUUCAGCCUCAUUCCCCUGGUAGUCUUAGCAGCUUCAGUAAGCAGUCCAAUUAUGUCAACAUCGACUAUUUCAUCAAGCACCGAGCAGGAGCCGAAGGACGAAGUAGUUCGUUGGAAUCAGAAGAUGAGACAGAAGUUCCACCAUUAUUACGCACAAUCUCCAUGGAGACGGAUGACGUAUCAGGUGGAGGUUCUGAAACAGGAGGUGCAAUUUCAUGUUUUGCUGGUAGCAGCUCUUCCCUUGAGUCUGCGGCUGUAGCCACCCCUGCACCAGCUAGGAAGAUACAGUUGCAGGACGUAGGCAGUAAGGCAGAAGCUGAGAGAAUAACAAUGUACCGGUGCAUUAUUGCUAGUAUCAUUGAGAGUGAGACAGCAUACCUUGAAUGCCUGAAUGUCAUGCUCCAGUACAUGAAGGCUAUCAAGGCCACCCUCACCACGUCACAGCCUGUUAUAUCAGAGGAUGAGUUCAGCACAAUGUUCUACAAAAUCCCGGAACUGCAUACUUUGCACCAGAGUUUCCUAGAUGGUCUCAGACGUUGCACACAGAACUGGGAUGGACAGCUUACUAUUGGAGAUCAUUUCCGUAUAAUGGUGAGUUGGCAGGUCAAGUGUUAUGGGCGUGCGACAGACACAGUGCGCAAAUGCUCUGCCUCAAGUGCCCAGUUUGCUGACAUCACACGAGAUAUUCGUUUGAAGUCACUUGGUGGAGGACAGUCGCAGUCCCUGUCUCUAGAAGACUUGCUUCAUAAGCCAGUAGCUCGUGUACAGAAAAAUGCAUUGGUCUUACAUGAUUUGCUGAAGUAUACUCCAGAUUCACAUCCAGAUCAUAAGACAUUAAAUGAGGCUCUCAAGAUGACACAGAACUUCUUGGAUGAGUUUAACAUGAUCCAAACAAAAACCAUGUUUCCGUCGGCUGAUAGAGCCCAGCGCCGUCUUGUGAAGAAUUCAUUUAUAGUGGAGCUGUCAGAUGGACACCGUAAACUUCGGCAUCUUUUUCUUUUUAACGAUGUUAUAGCUUGUGCAAAAUACAAGGCAUCUGGACGAGACAAGUUCACUUUUGAGUUGAAAUGGUACAUUCCAUUGAGUGAAAUAGUGAUAUUUGAAGAGCCAGCUGUUGAGCCUCGUGAGAAUUCACCUGCUAAUAUUGUGACCCUGAAGUCUCAGGCUUGUACCGUACGAGAUCAGAUACUCCGGGAUGAGAAGAGUGACGAUAAGCGCUCAAGACUGAGCAGUCGAGGUUCAGAUAAGCAGCGAAAGAAGUUGGCCGACCUUGAGGCGCAGCUGGUGCUGGCAUCGCCCAAUCUGGUCUUCCGAGUCGGAAACCGUUCGGCUGCUCGCACAUACACAUUUUUCUUAUCAUCAGAAUUUGAACGCACUCAGUGGAUAGAAGCGGUUCAUGCCCUGCAGUCUUGCCAACUUCCCAGUCCCGGUGGAACAAACGUAGUUAGUAUGUAUGAACUUCAAGCAUGGAUCACUGCCUGCAGAACCUUCCUGAAGACGAAUAUGGGUUCGUAUCUUUUGCGAACUGGUCGGGAUGAAAGCCUAUUGGUUGGUGACCUUCAUCUGACCCUGAGGGAACUGCAGGACCUUGACCAGCCUGCAGACCUGUUCGUGUGUGUCGAGGUGGAUUCAUAUGGCCACUACUUUCGUAAGGCAAAGUCAAAAUUGGUGUGCAAUUCUGCUAAUCCCCGCUGGAAUGAACAGUUUAUUAUUGAGCUGGAGGGCUCGCAGAAUUUGCGUAUCCUCUUGUAUGAGGAGAGUCAGGAUCGUGCUAUCCUUCGAGCCAAAAGCACACAAAAGUUGAGUAGGUCAUGGCUGGGAGAGAAGGCUGUAGAUAAGUUGGUUCCUAUGUACAACUGUUCACUGUUGGUCACACUACAGUUCAUACCAAGUGAAGUGACACUUCGUCGCGUACCAACAGCUCGCACAGCUGGCCUGUUUGGCGCCAAGAUCCAGCAGGUUUGCAAGCGUCAGAAAAGAGAAGUUCCAUUUAUUGUGACAGCAUGUGUAAGGGAAGUUGAGCGCAGAGGUAUGGCAGAAAUUGGAAUCUAUAGAGUGUCUGGUUCUGCCUCUGAUCUGGGCCGCCUUAAGAAGUCUUUUGAGACAAACUCAUAUGAGGCGGAGCAACUGUUGAAGGAAGUAGACAUUCACUCUGUGACUGGAAUUUUGAAACUGUACCUGCGGGAACUACCCGAAGCUCUUUUUACAGACGAGCUUUAUCCUAAGUUUUUAGAGGCAUACAAAAGCUCAGGUGGUAAUGAUGCAGCCAACAAGAACAGUGCCUUGCUGCACCAAUGUUUCAGCAUGUUACCACAACAAAAUCAGAAUAUUAUCAACUAUCUCCUGGCUCAUCUUGUCAGGGUUAACCAGCACAAAGUGCAAAACAAAAUGUCACUGCACAACCUGGCUACAGUAUUUGGCCCAACAUUACUCCGUCCUGGCUGCGGGAAAUCUGAAUCUGGUUUGCGACAGCAGCAGUGCGAUUCCUUGGCUGCUGGUACAUUCAUUGUGAUGGCUCAAGCUGGUAUCCUGUGCUACUUCCUUCAGUGCCAUGCUGGUCAGCAGCAGAGCUGAGAUAAUUAUAAGGUUCUGUCCAGUAUGUGGACAAUUGUGGAAGAAUUUGUUUUGUUCCAGGAAAUUGUUCAGCUUAAUCACACCAUCUCAGUUUGUACAUAAAUGAAUGUGACAAGUAAAUUGUUAUAAUCAGUUCUAAUAAGCGUCAGAGAUUUUCAUCUUCUGACAGCUUUUAUCGCAUUCGUGACCCAUGAACGGUGCAAAUAUGAAUCAUGGGCAAAAAAUGUAUGUAACAUUCAAAUUGUUACUGAAGUUAACAUUAAUUUUAUUAACAUUCUGUAGUGCAUUUCACCCACCCAAUCAUUUGUAUGUAAACAUUUUACAUACACUUUGUAAAUUAUCUGAACAAGCUAAUUUUAACCCAAUGAAUCAUGCACAUUUCUGGUCCCUUCCCCAGCUUAUGCAUUCAUCAAAGAAAUCAGUCCUUUGGUAUGCCACUUUCUAGACAUUUCCAUAUUAACGUGCACUAAUUCAGACAUAAGCGAGAGACUACUGUCUUAUUGCAGUUCAUAUGUGGUUGAUCUUCAUUUGUCAUUUCUAUGCAUUACAGAUGCACUGUCAACAUAGACAGCACAAAUAUUCCAGAAGUGCUAUGAUUUUACAAUUGCCAACAGUGGUACCAACAUAAAUAUAGCAAUAUAGGAAAUCAUUUGCUAUAAUGUCUAUUCAGUUGCAGCUUUUAACAGUUGCCAAGCAAAUUUAUGGCAGCUGGAAACCACAUAUUGUUGUAAUUAUCUUAUCAUAUACAUGCACAUGGCCAAUUAUAAGAAGAGAACCAGCUAACAUAACUUCCAUUAUACUGUCAUCCAUUCCUUUUCAUAGCAUAGCAGUCUUUUUGAUAAGUUCAUACCUAUCUGAUAUGCAUUUGAAUGAAUCACUGUGAGAUAGGUGGUAAUCCAUAAUGUGAAUUUUUCAUCUGCAGUGUAAGUAUAGGAGGUGCAGGUUAUAUAUAUUUAUAAAUAUGUGUGUGUGUGUGUGUCUAUCUACCUUUUAAGGUACGCUAUCCUUAAUGUUCUUUGGCCAAUAUUGCUGAUUGGAUCUAGUCAUGUAACAGUUUGCUCCCCAUGGCAGCUGUUUAUUCCAGUUUGUGUGUGUAUAGGCGGCUGAUGCCAUGUAUAUUGAAGUAUACAGAACAUGAAGACAUGCAAUAAUAUUUAUUGCCUUUGUAUGUAGUAGCUGUCCAUGGAUUAAACAGAAAGUGUUAUACCUGUGUGUCAAAAUGAGUGAAUGAAUAUAUAAAAUGUGAUGUCAAGCUGGUUGGUGUAAACUGCACAGUAUAAUUACUUAGCCUUAGUAACGUAGCAUUGAUGGAUACUUCAUACAGAGAAGUCGUGGUUUAUCGUAACUAGUGGACAUCCCCUGAAAGCUUUUAGGAUAAGCUAGUGAACUCUUGUACUUUAAUUCCUAUCCCGGACUUCUAAGUCUUCGUACUCACAGGCCUGAAAAAUUGCUUGUUGCUUCAAUUUAAGUUAUAUGCAGUUUGAAAGGGGCCAACAAAGUUAGAAACCAGCAUUAACUUUUCAGAGUGUUCCAGACUUUUUAUGAUACAUUAAAUAUAUGAUUAUACAUAUUAUUAUUAUUGCUAUUGCUAUUAUGUAAUACAUUUUGUACAUUAUAGACGGUAGUGUAUGGUU